CUUCGUAUAUUUAAUCACUUCAUCAUUAUGAUCAUUUACAACAAAACAACGGCUCUGAUUAAAGUAUCGACACGUCACGCGAUGCAGCUGAUAAUUCCUCUGCCUCCUCCUUGUCCUCUCCCUCUUCUUUCCAACUCUUUUGUCCUUGAGCUCAUAAUAAGACUAGUUAGUAUUAGUAAGAAGUUAAGUAAGAGUAGUAAUAUGCAAGUUCUAUUAGAUUAUAGAAGAUCUCACAUUCUCAAACCACACUCCUCUCAAUCUCUUCUCAUCGUUUCAGAUCCAUAAUCUUCCGUACAAUAAUAGGGUUUCCUGUGCUUCGCUUUUCAACAAUGUCGUCCGUUUUGGCUCUACUCGUUGUUUUGAGCUUCGUUUGUGUCGAAGCUUCGGUCCACGACUACGCCGCUGUCAAAUUCGCCGCCAAAGGAAAUGCCUUCGUUGUUCAUGGAGGCAGCGAGGGGAUUUACUAUUCUGUCCCUGGUCGCAAUGAGACUGAUAUUUCUGCUGAUGGUGACUCUUUCAUACGCUUUGACAAAGUAACAUUUCGGAGAGCCAGAGACUAUACUAAUUUUAGCUCAGGCUUGGUCCAUGCCAUUAUUUUUGAAGUGGAAGAUAGGGAAACAAUUGGGGGUUCAGCAUACGGGGGUCAAAGAGCAGUAUGUUGCACAGGGGAUCUUGCAAAAUUGGGUGUAUGUAAAGAAGGAGAAGUCAUUCACCGCCCCUCACCUAAGAAUCCUGAUUGGCCUCAAGUUUUUGGUGUCUCAUUUGAUGUAAAUGAAGAAAUUACUACAUUGCCUUCAAAGUCCAUAGAGAUUACUAGAACAGGAAUGUAUAACUUGUAUUUCAUACACUGUGAUGUUAGGCUUGAGAAUGUGGUUGUAGAGGGGAAAACUGUAUGGAAAAACCCAAAUGGAUAUCUACCGGGCAGAAUGGCACCACUUAUGAAAUUUUAUGGGCUCAUGUCAUUUGCUUUUGUAUUACUUGGGCUCUUUUGGUUCUCACAGUAUGCAAGAUUUUGGAGAGAAGUUCUGCCUCUGCAGAACUGUAUUACUCUAGUGAUUACGCUGGGCAUGUUGGAAAUGGCUCUGUGGUACUUUGAUUAUGCAGAAUUCAACGAGAAUGGAAUCAGGCCCACCGGGAUAACUCUAUGGGCUGUCACCUUUGGUGCUAUUAAACGUACUGUUGCACGAUUGAUCAUUUUAAUGGUGUCCAUGGGUUAUGGUGUUGUCAGACCUACCUUGGGUGGAAUUACAUCAAAGGUGGUUAUGCUUGGAGCAACCUUCUUUGUGGCAUCUGAAGUUCUUGAGAUGGUAGAAAAUGUUGGUGCAGUCAGUGAUCUUUCUGGAAAGGCAAGAUUGUUUUUGGUUCUUCCUGUGGCUGUAUUGGAUGCUUUCUUCAUCCUUUGGAUAUUUUCAUCCCUCUCAGCAACUUUAAAGAAGCUUCAGGCCAGGCGAAUGUUGAUUAAACUAGAUAUUUACAGGAAGUUCACAAACGCUUUGGCAGUAGCUGUUAUUGUUUCCGUUGGUUGGAUAUGCUAUGAGCUUUACUUCAAAUCUAAGGAUAUUUACAAUGAGCAGUGGCAAAAUGCUUGGAUUAUCCCUGCCUUUUGGCAAGUCCUAUCUUUUUCGGUUCUCUGUGUCAUCUGUGCCCUUUGGGCCCCAUCCCAGAACUCAAUGAGGUAUACUUACUCCGAUGAUGGAAAUGAAGAGUUCGACCGUGAUGAUACGUCUUUGACACUCAUAAAACCAUCUCCAAUUCCAUCUAAAGAUGUUCGCCCCGUGCCAGAAGCCAGAUCUCUAGAUGUGGAUGGUGAUUUGGAAGAAGACAAGACAGAAUGAUGUAGAACAGUCAGUGCCUGCGAUAUAUUGAUACCAUCUCAGUAAUUAUUAUACAAGAGGGGAAAAACUCAACUUUGAGAUGGUGCCAUUUUAGCCUUUUGUUCAUUUUUGUUCAUGUUACUUUUCUUAGCUAUUUGUUCAUUGGGUUAUUACUUAAUAUAGAUUGAAUAGUUACUCUGUGAUGAAGAAAAAUAUAUCAUUGCUUAAAUGGAAUUCUUUACUCA